UUGCUCCCCAUCCUCUACUCCCUGGCUAGAUAAGCUCUCAGAAUGGCAGCACAAAAGCCCAAGUACCCCUUGGGUAAGAUUGAACCCAACUCGGCCAAGUAUUUUGCCAGUUGCACACUUGGAGGAAUCAUUGCCUGCGGCCCUACCCACACAGCCGUCACACCCCUCGACCUUGUAAAAUGCCGCCGUCAAGUCGACCCCAAGAUCUACACCUCCAAUCUCUCCGCCUGGCGCACCAUCAUAUCCAAAGAAGGUCUCCGCGGCAUCUUCUUCGGCUGGACCCCCACCUUUGUCGGCUACUCCUUCCAAGGCGCCGGUAAAUACGGCUUCUACGAAUACUUCAAAUACCUCUACGGAGACCAGCUCUUCCCGAAUGCGAACCGCACCGUCGUCUUCCUAGGCGCCAGUGCCUCGGCCGAAUUCUUCGCUGAUAUGGCCCUCUGUCCGAUGGAGGCGAUCAAGGUACGCAUGCAGACGACGCUGCCGCCGUUUGCGCAUACAUUGCGCGAGGGAUGGAGCAAAAUCGUGGCGCAGGAGGGCAUGUCGGGCUUGUAUAAGGGGUUGUAUCCGUUGUGGGCGAGACAGAUCCCUUAUACCAUGACGAAGUUUGCGACGUUUGAGGAGACGGUCAAGUUUAUCUAUAAGACGUUGGGCAAACCCAAGGAGCAGUUUAAUGGAUUGCAGCAGACGGGAGUCAGCUUUUUGGGAGGUUAUAUUGCGGGAAUCUUCUGUGCCAUUGUCAGUCACCCGGCGGAUGUUAUGGUGAGUAAGUUGAAUGCGGAUCGGAAAGCUGGUGAGGGAGCUAUGACUGCUGUGUCGAGGAUCUAUAGUAAUAUUGGGUUCUCCGGCUUGUGGAAUGGACUGCCUGUGAGAAUUGUCAUGCUGGGUACAUUGACUGGAUUCCAAUGGUUGAUCUACGACUCAUUCAAGGUGUUCCUUGGGUUGCCGACUACUGGUGGACAUUAG